UGUGCAGCUAAAUUUGGGUUGUGGUUUGACUCUCGCCUGCUGUCGCCAUGAGCUGUGGCACCAAGUCCUCGAGCAGCACCAUUAGAAUUAGCAGUGGAGGGGGAGGAGGUGGUGGUGGCGGUGGUGGUGGAAGAUGCAGUGGUGGAGGCGGUGGAGGGAGCAGGUCUGGUGGAUACUCCUCAGUGUCCACUAGAAAAUACACCUCCUCUGGAGGCGGCGGGGGCUUUUCUGGGAGAAGCUUUGGAGGAGGAGGCUCCAGGAGCAGCUAUGGAGGGGGCUUCAGCAGCGGCAGCUGCGGGAGGAUCAGCCGCAGCAGCUACAGUGGCAGGAUAAGCGGUGGCGGGUACGGAGGAGGAAUGAGCUGUGGAAGCAUUGGAGGAGGAUUUGGGUCAGGAGGGGGCGGAUUUGGGGGAAUGGGAGGUUGUUAUGGAGGUGGUGGGUACAGUGGAGGUGGUGGAUACAGCGGAGGUGGUGGGUAUAGUGGAGGUGGAUUCAGUGGCUUCGGGGGCAGCGGGGGCUUCGGUGGUGGUGGCAGCUAUGGUGGAGGAGGUUUUGGUGGGAUGGGGUUCGGGGAGGACUCUGGAUUGCUCUCCACAAAUGAGAAGCUGACCAUGCAGAACCUCAACGAUCGCCUGGCUUCUUACAUGGAUAAAGUGCGACGCUUGGAGGAAGAAAAUGCUCAGCUGGAGCGGCUGAUCAGGGAGUGGUACCAAAGUCAAGGUCCCUCUCAGGGCAGGGACUACAGCCAAUAUUACAGGACAAUCGAAGAGCUGCAAAACCAGAUUGUUGGUGCAAAUGUGGACCUGAACAGGAUGCUUCUUGACAUGGACAACACCAGAAUGACUGUGGAUGACUUCAGAAUGAAGUAUGAGACUGAGUACAGUCUCCACCAGAGUGUGGCAAGUGAUAUCAAUGGAUUACGCCCAUUUUUGGAUCAGCUGACUCUAGCCAGAUCUGACUUGGAGUCACAGUUUGAAUCCCUAAAAGAGGAACUGAUCUUCCUGAGGCAGAACCAUGAAGAGGAAAUGAAAGGACUGCGAACACAGUCUGGUGGGGAUGUGAGCGUGGAGGUCAACGCUACUCCUGGUAUUAACCUGAUGGAGAAGCUGAAUGAAAUGCGCUGCGAGUACGAGAGGCUCAUUGAGAACAACCGCAAGGAGGUGGAGAGCUGGUACGAAACCAAGAUGGAAGAAGUCAAUCAACAAGUCCACUCAAGUGGCCAGGAGAUACAAUCAAGCAACCAGCAGAUCUCUGAGCUGAGACGUGAAUAUCAGAGCCUGGAGAUUGAGCUGCAGUCACAGAUCAGCAUGGUCGACUCUUUGCAGUCCAACCUGGAGGACACGGAACGUCGCUAUAACAUGCAGCUGCAGCAGAUCCAGGGCAUGAUCAGCCCCUUGGAGGAGGAGCUGGCCAGCAUCCGCUGCGAGAUGGAGAGCCAGAACGAGGAGUACAAGAUGCUGCUGGGCAUCAAGACUCGCCUGGAACAGGAGAUCCAGCAGUACCGGGUGCUGCUGGAGGAGGGGCAGCAGGACCUUGUAAUCCCUUCAGGAGGAAUUGGAGGAGGCAUGGGAGGUGGUAGAAUAGGAGGUGGUGGCUAUUCUGGAGGAGGAAGAGGAGGAGGUGGUAGCAUAAGUGGUGGAUAUGGUGGUGGUGGCAGUGGAAUGGGAGGAGGAAUGGGAGGAGGAAUGGGAGGAGGAAGUGGUGGAGGAGGAAUGGGAGGAGGAAGUGGAGGAAUGGGAGGAGGAAGUGGAGGAAUGGGAGGGGGAAGUGGAGGAAUAGGAGGAGGGAGUGGAGGUGGAUGCAGUAGCAUUGGAGGAGGAGGAGGAGGAGGAAGAACCUCGGGAGGCAUCAGCAGUUCCCACUCCUACUCUUCAUCUUCCCAGUCCCAGUCCUGCAGGAGUGGCGGUGAAAGCCAAGGCUAUGGAAGAAAAUCUUUUGACUAAGAAUAUACACCAAGGAUCCUCCAGUGCAAGACCCUUCAAACAGAAACGCCCGAAUCCGCUGCUUUCCCCGUGCUCCCGAGGAAGGAUGAUGCUCUGAGCAGUUCCUGGGAGUUGCAGAUGCCACCUCUCCCCUGCCCUGCAUGCUCUGUGCUGCUUCUGCCCGCGAUGCUCCGUGGUCCCGGUCACUGGCACUGCAACUGCUGCUUCACAGACCCAACCUGGCCGGUACUCGGGUUGUUCUGAAUCAGGAAAAUGUCUCUAAUAAAAUUUCAUUUCUGUCUGAUGCAACCAGAA